UUCUUUCCACCAAGGUUGUGUAUUGCUUUUUGUACGAUUGUGUGAUAUUGUGCACUCUUCUGUAACCGAGAGUAGACCGCUGUUCCGGUGUACAAACAGUCCUCCUGUUAAGCAAAACAGAAAGGAGAGUGUCAGCUGCAGCUUGUGCUUCCCACUGGUUUGCUUAUUUAUCUACGGCGUUUUUUUUUUUUGUUUUGCGUCGAUGUUUUUUUUGGUGUCAGGGCUUCACCAGGGCUCGAACUCAGGCGCUGUCGGCGACAGUAGCGGGUCAAAUGUGUCCACCCCGACGUUUCAGGGAUACAUAAUGAAUAUGGGCAUCACCCCUUCAGAGGUAUCCUCCUUCUCCUCCUCCUCAUCAUCCUCCUCCUCCGCUUGACUGGUUGGCCGCCUGUACGUUAAUCCAAUUCAAGAGAUCAUCUCUUCAGCCCUUCCUGAGGUUACACUAUCAAGACGGCGUUAUCCCAGAAAGCCAGCUCGGUGGCGGUGAAGAUGACCACGGCGCGGUACCGUCCCACAUGGGAGCUGGCCGUGGACCCUCUGGUGUCAUGUAAGCUGUGCCUUGGAGAGUUCCCUCUGGAGCAGAUGACCACCAUCACACAGUGCCAAUGUGUCUUCUGUACACUGUGCCUGAAGCAGUAUGUGGAACUCCUGAUUAAAGAUGGCCUUGAAACUGCAAUUAGCUGUCCGGACUCUGCCUGUCCUAAAAGAGGACACUUGCAAGAAAAUGAGAUUGAGUGCAUGGUGGCCACAGAGAUGAUGCAGAGAUACAAGAAACUUCAGUUUGAAAGGGAGGUAUUGCUGGACCCGUGCCGAACAUGGUGCCCUUCCUCAACCUGCCAGGCAGUGUGCCAACUGAAGGAAGCAGAUUCUCCAGCUCUGCCCCAGCUGGUCCAAUGUGCUGUCUGUGCCCUCGAGUUCUGCUCGGCCUGCAAGGCCAACUGGCACCCCGGGCAGGCCUGCCAGGAGAACAACCUGCCCAUUACCUCCUUCCUACCAGGAGAAAACAGCUCCUUCUACAAGAACGAAGAGGAUGAUGCACCAAUCAAGCGCUGUCCUAAAUGUAAAGUUUACAUUGAGAGGGACGAGGGCUGUGCACAGAUGAUGUGCAAGAACUGCAAACAUGCCUUCUGCUGGUACUGUCUGGAAUCCUUGGAUGAUGACUUUCUCCUGAUCCACUAUGACAAAGGGCCCUGUCGAAACAAACUGGGGCACUCCAGGGCGUCUGUUAUCUGGCACAGAACACAGGUUGUGGGAAUCUUUGCUGGCUUUGGCCUGCUCCUGCUGGUUGCUUCUCCCUUCCUCCUUUUGGCUACUCCCAUCGUCCUCUGCUGCAAGUGCAAGUGCAGCAAAGGCGAUGAUGACCCACUGCCAACCUAAAAACACCAUCGGAGUUGGCACUGGGAGCCGCUUCAAGGAUGGGCCAUCAAUUUUUAUUUUUUUUGUCCUUUUCACCCCUUUUUGCUUUUUUUUUUUUUUCCCCCUCUCUCUCCAUCCCACCAGCUUAGAGAGCUUAAUUUUUUGGGGCUGAGCCUGCACCAGCCCUAGCCGCUUUGGGAUCCAUUGCUCUGCAUGAGGGAGGCAUGGUAGAAAAGCGCUCCUACACGUUGGUCUGAAGAGAGGUGCAGGGGUCAAAGAUCAGUGGAGAUUAGACUUGUUGAGGGACCAUUGUGUCCAAGUGUAUAAGAAGUUGCUGGAUUGGGGAUGCGGAGGAUGACUGCACCUCUUCAGCUGGCCCCCCGAGCUGUGGGUUACUGUGGUGUUGUACCUUGGCGGGUCAUUACAAAUGAAGGAAACAUCGACGCUAAGAAAUGACUUUCUCUUGUAUGGACAGUGUCAUGCAGGAGCCACCUUAGAAAGAACUCUUACUUUAUCGCCGCUCUGUUUUGUCGGUUUGUUAUGCGCAACAACAGCUUUCCCCCCCUCAGCACCACACUCGAUGUAGCUCUACAGAUUCAGUCAGUAGCAUAAUAGAGUUACACCACAGAUCUUUGGUGUUCACUCAAUUUGCACACAGAACAUGAUUUCUUUUGUCAUGUUUGCGACUGAGGUAGAGAUGGGAGGCUACCGUCACUCUCAGCUCAGUGUAUAGCACGUCCUCUUGAUGAUGUCAGUGUUUUAUAAUCCUGCGCUUUUAAUAGAACUGUGCUCAAAGUAGUGUCUAUGUGUUGUACUUUACAGUGUUUUCCAACUGUUAGGCAAACGUAUUAAAGGGGACUGCCACUCAAAUCAAAAAAGUACAGUUUUUCUGUGGUAAAAUGAUAAUCGUGUCUUGUUUGGUUAACUAUCAGCUUACAUUUUAAACCCAUCCUGGUAUCACUGUCUUUGUGUUCUACAUUCAGUUCUUUUUUUUUUUUGGAUAUUUACAAACAGAUGUCACAAAUUGAGUGGUACUCCCCUUUAGCAUUAAGUGGACCUCUAUCAAAGGACCUCGUAUCCACCUGCUGUGGAGCCAUUUGAAUUUAAUUCCCUAAAAGAGAUGUCACUCCUGUAUUUCUCAGUCCCAAGUGGUGAUCUAGCCAAAUAGAAAUGAAUAGCCUUAAUUUAUGAGUAGUCAAAAUCAGGCAUGCCCCCCAUGCACUAAAAGAACAAGUCAGAUCCAGAUGAUCCCAGGGAAAGCAUGUUUAAAGGCAUUUUUUAAAGGACUGCAGUCAGUGAAGCCCUUUAUAUCCAGAUGAUUCUAUGAUGUCAUUCAUAUGCCACAAUGUUAAUAGCCAUGCUGUUUAAAAAAAAGAGUGGAAAAUAAGAAAAUAAUUGUUCUAAAACGGUGUUCUUUGUGACCUAGGCCUUGUAUUUUCUAAGCCUCUUUAAGCUGGAGAGCUGAUCAGCAUCAAUCUAACUAUGGUUGAGAAUGAUCUCAAGAUCUACUUGGAUCAAAUCUCCCACUUUUUGAGUCUAACAAAUACCUGCUGGCCCAAACUGCAAACUUGCAUACGUUAGUGGUCCGAGUGUCUGUUUUGUUUUGUUGGUAGUUAGACCUCCAACAAAAAGCAGCUAUUCCUUGCAGGAAUGUCAGAAAAGCCUAUAGAGUAAAUUAAAAAAAAAAAAAAGCAUGUUAAAUCUUUGGGCACAUCAAUAUCGAGCUGCUCUAAACUAUAUCACUUUAUCUAUGCAAGUUUGUGCAUUACCAUACUGAAAAGGUUAUCGAUUGGCCAUAAUUAACUGUAAGGAAGCAUUAUGUAAUGAGAGCUGCAGAAUGUCAGCAUAUUGUUGCUUUAAUUUAAUCAGGGAAUCAUUUGGAAAAUAUCCAUUUUAUGUUCAUUAUAUGCAGUACGUUGCUCUGAUUUGUCCUUGAGGUAUUUUUAUGGUUUCCUGAAGAGAAAUUUGUUCCUGGCGAUUUCUUUACUGUCCUGAGAAAUCUGCAAUUCGCUUUUUUACGGUUUGAACAAUUUUACAAAAAAACUGUCCCACCUGGUUGCAAUCAUGGUAAAAAUAAAGUACAUCUGCUGUCAAUUCCAGGUGACUUUUAUUAUGUCCUGAAAUGUAAAACCUUAGCAUUGACAGAGGUUGUACUUUCUUUUUACGGUGACUGUAAGUCAGUCGAGGAAAAAAAGUGAAACCAUUUAGUUUGAAGUAGGUAAACAUUGAGAAAUAAUUUAUGUGAGAACUGUCAGAUUGUUUUGUCAGAAUAUUGAGUUUAACAGAUUUAAGUUUUGCUACCGUGCAUAGCACACGCAUGUCUUUGGAGUGUGGGCGGAAGCCAGAGCGCCUGGAGAAAAACCCACACAGGCACAGGAAGGACAUGCAAACUCCACACAGGAAGGCCCGAGCUGAACAUCAGGCCACAUCUUGGAGGCGACAACAUGCACUGUGCCAACCCGUCAUAGCCAUUCCCAGUGUUUUUAAUAAGCCAUUCACUUUAUCGCUUCCCUUCUGGUGCAAUUCAUCAGUGUUCAUGUAGCAUUUCAUUAAAAUUCUGGCUACAGUUACCAAAAAAAGGGGUUAACAAGAGUAGCUAAUAUAAGCUAAACAGUAGCUAAUCACCUGCACCUCCCACCUGUUUUCACAAAUCGAACUCUUAUAUUCAAUAUAAAAAAAUAAAUAAAUAAAUAAAUCAUUAUUUAGGUUUGAGUGCAUUACCUGUAGCUUAGGUUGCUUUCAUUGACCUUGACAUUGAUCUGUAUGAGCAUGAUCAUUUGACAUUGAAGCCAGUUCAAAUUUUCUACCUUGGAAACGUCGGUUCGUUCCCUACGAAUCUUCAAACUCCUGAAACUUUCAUUGUUUUUAUGACAAUCGUGCCAAGCAGUUUUUCCCAGAAAGGCAUAAGGAAGCUGAGCUGUAUGUGCAUUUUGAUCAUGUAUUUGUAAAGUAUUAACAGUUUUUACAGGGUGGAAAAUCUUGCUUCUUUAUGUAAGCGCUGCACUGUAUAAUAUGGAUUUUAUCGUUUUACUUAUUGAUAUGAUCUGUGACGUGCGUGGUAUGGUGCCCGCUGUGUUUUAAUGGAGGAGUUUAGCAGCUGAUGAUGAUGAUGAUCUCAACUAUAUUUUUUAGGGGUUUUAACAAUUUGAG